AGUUUGAAAGAAAGGUUUAGACGGUCAGAAGAAAACAAGAAGGUUCUUUCUCUGUCUUCUUCUGAGGUUGCCCCCCCUUGUCUAGAGCGACCCCCUCCUCUUCUUUUAGUCUCCGCCUGAACUCUGAGCCCCACAGCACCGCCUUCUCCUGUUCCUCUCACUGGCUCUUUUAUUCCCUCUCUCCAGCCACAGCUCCCUCAUUCCCUCCCUCCUCCAUCCUCUUCUCAUCCUCAGCCUUCGCUCGUGGUCACUGUAGUCUUGCACAGGACCGGGCUUUAAACCAGCCACCCAGUCGACCCCGGACAGUGACCCUCGCACGACGAUUUGGCGCGCGACUGGAGCGCUGAGCUUCAAGGCUGUGAAAAAGUUGCUUCAAGAAUCAUGACUCAGAGCAACAACGAAAACCCGCACAUGACCCAGCGUGGUCUCCAGCGCAUUCGGGCAGGUAUCCAGUCGCGGUCCCAGCUGGCCAAAAAGAGAGUGGAGAACAUCACCAAAGAAGAUGUGAAAGGAUGCUUCACCAAAAAUGCCUUUGUGAUCUUCACCGUGACGGCAGUUAUUGUGGGUAUAAUCCUUGGAUUUGCUCUGCGACCGUUCAAUAUGUCGCAUCGUGAGGUGCUCUUCUUCUCGUUCCCUGGAGAGCUGCUGAUGAGGAUGCUACAGAUGCUGGUGCUGCCACUGCUGGUGUCCAGUCUCAUCACUGGCAUGGCUGCUCUGGACAGUCGAGCGUCUGGUAAAAUGGGCCUCAGGGCUGUAAUCUACUACACCACCACCACCGUCAUCGCUGUUUUCAUCGGGAUUGUCAUGGUGCUCAUCAUCCACCCUGGAAAAGGGUCGAAGGAUGAGUUUUCCAAGAAGGAGCAGGUGGAGAAGGUUAGCCCUGCCGAUGCCUUCAUGGACCUCAUCAGAAACAUGUUCCCCCCAAAUAUCGUGGAGGCUUGCACCAAACAGUACAAGACACAGUACGCGACAAGAAUCAUCCAUGUGACCAUGACUGUGAAUGACACUAUUCUGGCGCCCAAUGGGAGCCAUGAGUUGACCAAAGAGGAGUUGAUCCCAGUCCCAUCGGCAGUGAACGGAAUCAACGCGCUUGGCCUGGUGGUGUUCUCCAUGUGUUUUGGUCUCAUCAUUGGCAGCAUGAGGGAACAGGGGCGGCCUCUCAAGGAUUUCUUUGACUGUCUGAACGAAGCCAUCAUGCGACUGGUGGCCAUCAUCAUGUGGUAUGCACCAGUCGGUAUCCUCUUCCUCAUUGCUGGUAAAAUAUUGGAGAUGGAAGACAUCACAACAAUGGGCGGGCAGCUGGGCAUGUACACAGUGACGGUGAUUUGCGGUCUCCUCAUCCACGCCAUUGUGGUCCUGCCCUCGCUCUACUUUGUCAUCACCAGAAAAAAUCCUUUCGCCUUUAUUGCAGGGCUGAUGCAGGCACUAGUCACUGCUCUGGGAACAUCUUCCAGUUCUGCCACUUUGCCAAUCACGUUUAAGUGUCUUGAGGAAAACAACAAUGUGGACAAACGUGUGACCCGCUUUGUGCUCCCUGUGGGGGCCACCAUAAACAUGGACGGCACUGCCUUGUAUGAGGCCCUGGCAGCCAUCUUUAUUGCUCAGGUUAAUGACUAUGACCUGAACUUUGGACAGAUUCUCACCAUCAGUAUUACGGCCACGGCAGCCAGCAUUGGAGCAGCUGGAAUCCCACAGGCAGGAUUGGUUACCAUGGUGAUAGUUCUCACGUCUGUUGGCCUCCCCACCGAUGACAUCACGCUGAUCAUUGCGGUUGAUUGGUUCCUGGACCGACUGCGUACCGUUACCAAUGUUCUCGGAGAUUCUAUUGGCGCAGGAAUAGUAGAACACCUGUCUCGCCACGAGCUGCAAAAGAAGGACCCUGAGGUGGGAAACUCGGUCGUGGAGGAGUCGGACAGGAAACCGUACCAUCUCAUCAAGCAGGAGAACGAAUAUGAGAAUGAGAGGCCAGCUGACACUGAGACCAAGAUGUAAAGCCAAGACGACAUCGUGAUGCAUGGAUCGAAAUGAAAAGCUUUUUACGUGACAACAUUGUUUGUUUAAAGUUUUUGCACCAAUGCUUUAACUGUCUAGAUUACACCAUUUCAGAGACUAUUUCAACUGUUUUAUUUUCAGUCCGUAUGCAUAAAGACGGUUUGGUAUCACACUUUUUCACUGUUGAUGUUUUACGGUACUUGGAUGUAAUGCAGCUGUUUACUGGUGACACGUUUUAAAUCUGUACUGGCGUUUUUCUGCCACUAGAGGUCGACUCUUAACUCAUGCUGGCGUUCAUGCUUUAACGUUGUGACUCAAUGUGUCUUAACCAAACAAAACACACAUUGAAGUGUGUUUAGGGAAAGACUUUCAUUUAUGUGCUCGCCACAGAUUAUUUUUUUAAUGCAUGGAACAAUGAAGGAGGUGGUUUAGAAGCUUUGAAAUUGAUAAUGUGCACAUACAUUUACUCCCCUGAACUUUGAAGACCCAACAUGGCACAUCAUAUGUUUAGGUUCAACUACCUGAAAUCCAAAUUAAGUUUUUAGCUCUAUACCAAAUAGCUCUGAAUCUGUGUUUUGUUUUGUUUUUUUUUCAUCUUAAAUGAUUUCCCCCAACACGCUAUUAACUAAUAUACUUAUAGAAGUAUGGGUAAUACGAUCAUUAAAUAGUAAUUGACUAUGAUGUUUAACAAAAUCUCCUUUGAGAGUGUAUCUCAUAUGAAAUAGCCUCCUAUAUUUCUGAUGAGGCAGUAAUAUCUAGUGUUUGUGAGUUACUGUUUAAACAUGCUGUGAACUAAUAAAAUCUCUAGCAUUUAUAGUUUUUGAUUUAGUGAUAAGGGCUGUUUUGUAGUUGAUUAUAUGUAACAAUUCUGACUUUGUAUAGAAGAUCAUUCAGAAUAUAAUUUGCAUGUAUAGCUGAAUGUAGAUAAAAUGUAAAAUGACUGUAGAUUUUGUGAUAUUACAAUGCAUCCUAUCAAAACAGAAAAACAAACAUUGUAUAUGCGGUUCUCUAUACAACACAUAUCUGUGGGAUAUAAUGUACCAAAUGGUGUCUCUGACAAUGUAAAGCAUUUAAAUGGUUCUUGCAUUUAGAACUACUGCUUUAGAAAAGGACAUGAUCCUUGGUUAACAGUGCACAGACACGCUGGAUCAGUGUGACACAAAUGGAUACUCAAUACAAAAUAUUGCUUUAGUUUUUGUCAUGCACAUUCCUUUUUUUUAAAUAA